UCAACAGCGCAUGCGCCACGCGCAGAAGUGACAGAUGCGCCGAGAUCCCGAGCUGCGAGAUUGUUCGCGUUUUCCGUAUCUGACAUAACCGUCCCGUGUGAUGUUCUGAAUCCUUCCAGCCAGCCUCACCACUCGGUCCAGCACAUUUCUACAGCAUUCGAUUACCAUGGCAGCCAGCGCGCUUGAAGAGAAAAUCAACAAGAUAAGACAACAGAAUGAAGAGAUUAGAAGGAGGCAUGAGGAAGUGGAAGAAGAUAAAAAAAAUGCAGCCAAAUUGAACGCAUUGGUGCAAAUGGUGCCAUCUACGGAUUGGCCUGAGAGGAAGGAACCGCCAGAAUUUUCUAAUCCACCUAGAACAAAUAAUAAAUCAAAACCUGCUAAAGAACAUCACGAACAUAUUCAACAUCAUUCUGUGAGUGGUGAGGGAAGGAAAGUUCAUACUUUUGCUCAGGGACAAGGGCCUCCACCUGAUCCUAAAUAUAAUUUCCUUGCUGAUGCUGAGAGAGAAGAAGGUAAUAUGGAAAAUAUAACAGAUAAUCCAUCAAGUAAAGGACAGAAACAUUCAAAAGGCACAUUUAGGAAGAAAUCUGGAGGAAAAGAUGGAAUGCAAAAAGAUUAUAGAGUAAACAGAAGUCAUCGCAGAGAUGAGCAUCAGCCAGAAUAUGAAGCUUGGAGAGCAGAGAGAAAUCGUAUCGAUGAGGAUCGCAUUAGCAGACAAAGGACAGCUGAGGGUAAUUGGCGUAGAGAAUGGGAUAAUGACAAGGCACAUAUUGUGAAUGAGAUGAUGAGAACUGAAGCUAAAUUAGGAGAUUAUGUAAAGAAGGAUCAUAAAGAUUUUGAUAGAAGACAUGUUAAUGGAAACGAUUAUGUAAGCUAUAAUCGUAGUGGUUAUCGUUCCUACCGAGGAAAUUCGAGGCAUUUUCAUAAUAAUUAUGAAAAUCGUUCCAAUAACGCUCAUCAGGAAGGGCACGUUAAAAAUCCUUUAUCAUCAAAUUCCGAAGAAAGGACUGUUGUUGCUACUGACAAAAGCAUAAAAGUCACAUUGAAUCAAGGAAAAGGUCCAGUCAUGAGUGUUAAAGUAAACUCACCAAGUAUUGCUGGAACAGGUCGAGUAGGACCACGACAAAGAAGUCGCGUAACAUACAGCAGUCACUCGGACGUUGAAAUGGUUUCUCCUGAUACCGAAUCCUUUUCACAUCCAAAAUCCUAUGAAGAUAAGACUAAAGGUAUUUAUCAUGAUAUGCAAAAAUUCUCUAAUUCACGAAAAUCGCAGCCUCCGAAAAAGAAGGAUUUUAGCAAUAAAUCUCCUUUCUUUCGUAAGAAAGAGAUUAAGAGAGAAGACACUAUUGAGAAUCCACAGAAACAUCAUGAAAUAGAAUUACUACAAAAAGAACAUACAGAAUCACAGAAAUCCGAUCAAUUUAAACUCCAAAAAUCUGAGGAGAAUAUUGUAAUACCACUACAUAAUGAUAAAGUUGUGAAUGAGAAAGAAAACAAUGUAAUUUCUUCUGAUGCAUUAGAUGUGAAUAUAGAAGUAGAAAAUAAGGAUAAUCAGAAUGAUAAUUUAAAUUCAUACAUAGAUGAAAAAAGCAAAACUUUUAUAAACAAAGAAGAUGAAUUUAUUUUACAAGAUUCAGACCUUCCUGUGUCUAAAGACGAAGUUGAAGUAUGUAAAAUAAACAAAGAGAUAGAAAACAAAUUAGACGAGUCUCAAAUUGUUCAAACAGCUACACUAUCCGAGUAUGAAAUUACCAAAACAGAUUUAACUGUAUCAUUAGUGAAAGAUAUAAAUGAUAAUGAUAGAGAUAAGAUUAAAUCUGAGGAAAAUCUAUCAUGUAAUGUUAAUGAUGAUAUCAAUGAAAUUAUACUGAAAAAUAAAGAGCAUAACUUACCAAUAGAGCAAAUUGAAGAAAUCUUAAGUGAUAACUGUGAUAAUAAGCAAACUGAAGAUAUACAUGAGCAAGAAAAUAAUUUUGAGCUCAGUACAGCAAGUUCUGUAGAAGAGAAGCUGGAGACAAACAAUCUUACAAUUUCAUCUUCAACUGAUGUAUCCUCUGUAACAGAACAAAAUAAUAAGAUGGAUAGCAAUGAUAAAAGCUUAAAAGAAAAAGAAAUUGCGAUUGUAGAAGAUAAAGUUACUGUUAUAGAUGAUGAAAUUAAUACUAGCAAUAAACAGGAUGUAAUAAAAUCUGUUGAUGAAACUCGAGAAUGUAAAAAUGAAAAUAAUGAGAAUGCUGCAAAUAACAUUAUAAUUGAUAAAGUAGAAUCUCGAGAGGAAAAUCUACGAGAAAAAGAAGUAAAGGCAGCUUUAAGCAAAGUGAUUGAAAUUGAAGAAUAUAAAAAUGAGAUAUAAAAAAUAAAAUGUAUAAAAUGUUACAGAUAUAAGUUACCGAUAACAUAAGACGAGAGAAAGCUUUUACAAAUAUUUGUUGAGAAAUGCGCGUAUAUAUAUUUCUCAAAAAUUAAAAUACGCACGAGUUAUCGAAUUGUUCAAAUAUAUUAGUUUGCAACAAAUUUUCUUAUUUUUGGAAUAAGCAUUCGAGAAUGGAUGAUUGUAACUCUGCUGAGUGAUAUCGUAAUAUUUUUAUUUCAGAAUUUUAUACUUUGUUAUAUUAUCUGUUUAAUUUUAUUUUUGAUUUUUCUCGAGAUUGCUGCUAGAAUUUAAUAGUAUGACAAUAUAUAUAUGUAUGUAUGUAUGUAGUGUGUAUG